UAAUAUAAAUAACCCCCCUUCUAUGAUAUGUUUUCAUCAUCAACUACAAGCAUUAUCUAUUCAGACACCAAUUGUUCUAAAUUUCUAGUUUACUUUCUUCCAAGAAAAAUGGCAAUGCUCAGUGCUAAGAAACUCAUCAAGAUGGCCAAGAGAUGGCAGAAGUUUGCGGCCAAGCAGAGGAAGAGGAUUUCAUUUCCGAGAACUGGCAGCGAUGCAGACAGUUGCAGUACAUCCUCAUCCUCUAUAUUUGAAAAAGGGCAUUUUGUAGUCUAUACAAUUGAUCAAAGGCGCUAUGCAUUUCCCUUGACUUACCUUGAAAAUGAGGUCGUUAGACAACUUUUGAACAUGUCUAAAGAAGAGUUUGGACUACCGAGUGGUGGCCCUAUAACUUUACCUUGUGAUUCAGCCUUCAUGGAUUACAUCGUUUCACUAAUCAAGAAAGGUGUAGCUGCCAGAGAUCUUCACAAAGCGUUGCUCCUAUCAAUUCCUUCAUGUUGUUGUUCAACUUCUUCUUUUCAUCAAGAAAGUCGAAAUCAACAGAUUCUUGUUUACUGAGUCAUGACAUCAUGUUUUAUGAAUCUUAGAUUAAAAUAGUUUG